GAUACUGAGGACUGUUCUUUCAUUGUUGUUACAGUUAUUUCCCCUUUUGACCCAGCUGAUCAUAGCAUAGCAGACAGAAGAUUUUAUUUUAACAAUUUAAAAAGUAUAAAAUAGAAGAAAUAUGGGUGAAGAUUCGGCUGUCAGUUUAUUUCGAGAAUAUUUGAAGAUUAAGACGGUUCAACCGGACGUAGAUUAUAGUAAAUCAGUUGAGUUUUUACAGAGAGUGGCAGAAGAUGUAGGAUUACAGUUUAAAUCAUUUGAGGUAGCCCCUAAAAAGCCAAUAUGUAUUAUGACUUGGGAGGGACUGGAACCUUCUCUACCCUCCAUUCUACUUAGUUCACAUAUUGAUGUUGUACCAGUUUUUUCGGAACAUUGGAGAGUUGAUCCAUUCAGUGCGGAGAAGAUAGAUGGUAAUAUUUAUGCUAGAGGAUCGCAGGAUAUGAAGUGUGUAUCUAUACAGUAUAUAGAAGCAAUAAGAAGAAUAAAAUCAAGUGGGAAAAGAUUACUUAGAACUUUACAUCUGGUCUUCACAUCAGAUGAGGAAAUCGGAAGUACACCCCAAAGUUUGUUUGUACAUCAUGAUGAAUUCAAAAAAUUAAAUGUUGGAUUUGCUUUAGACGAAGGUAUUGCUAAUCCUGGUGAAGAGUUUCGUGUUUUCUAUGGAGAAAGAUCUAUAUGGUGGGUACAAGUUAAAUGUCAAGGACAGCCUGGCCAUGGUUCUCAAUUUAUUGAAAAUACAGCAGCACAGAAAAUACAAAAGGUUAUCAACAGUUUUUUAAGUUUUCGAGAUCAACAAGAGAAAAGGUUAAAAGGUGAUAAGUCAUUGAGUUUAGGUCAUGUGACGACAGUUAAUAUGACAAUGUUGGAUGGUGGUAUACAGUUUAAUGUUGUUCCUGCUGAACUCAGUGUUGGAUUUGAUAUUCGAGUAGCACCUGAUGUAGAUUUUGAUGAGUUUGAAAAACAAAUAGCAGCAUGGUGUCAUCAAGCAGGUUCAGAUGUUUCUUAUUCAUUUGUUGUGAAAGGUUGCCACCAGGAAUUAACCAGCAUUGAUGAGAAUGAUCCAUGGUGGAGUGCAUUUCACCAAGCCUGUUUAAACAUGGAUUUAAAAAUACAAACAGAGAUAUUUCCAGCAGGUACAGAUAGCAGAUUCAUUAGAAAGUGUGGUAUACCAGCUAUUGGGUUCUCACCAAUGAAUCAUACACCAAUCUUACUACAUGAUCAUAAUGAAUAUCUUAAUGAAGACAUAUUCUUACGAGGCAUUGAAAUCUACCAGGAGAUUAUACCCACUCUCGCUAAUGUGCAAAGAUUUUAAAACAUGCCAGUCUUUGGUUUUUGCUGAAAUCAAGCUUGGUCCGGCAAUUUUUUUAUAUAAUGUGAUUACAAGAAAUGAUUUUAAAUCAUGUUAUUCUAUGGUUUUUGCUAAAAUCAAGCUUAGUCCCACGAUUUUUUUAUAUGUGCGAGUACAGAAAAUGAUUUUAAACCAUGUUAGUCCAUGUUUUUUGC